UAAAAUGGUUCCACAUGGUAGAGGUAGAGGAAUAAGAAGAGUUCAGGAGGAUAAACCGGUCGGGUUGGUUCGAUCAAACCUACAGGAAGGAAGAGGACAAGAGGACGGACGACUGGUUGAUGAUCCACGGUUCCAUGAUGAUGUUCUCCGAAGUCCUCCAGGUGGGGAAGACUCCCCUAUCCCGCCCAAUUUCUCUACAGAUGAUCUGCUGCAGCUGCUGGAGGUGGGGCAGGAUAUGCGUAGAAUCACGAGGUCUAUCAAACACCUCUGCUCAACGGAACAAACCUUAAGAGAGGUCGUCGAUGAAAUUCAUGCAAGAAGCUCCCAAGAUCUCAGUUUUGGUAAAAAUGCUGCAAAAGCGUUCAGUCACGUAAGUCAGCUUGAGGUCUGUGGGAUAAAGUUCCGUGAUGUUGUUCUCCGGUGUAUCCAGAACGAUUUCAAGAAUAGAGCGGAGCUAAGAGAGGGAGGAGAAGAAGGUUAUCUGAGAGCAGUUAAUCUACUUUGUGAAGUGUUCCACAAUAUGCGGUUAGCAGAUGGAACAGUUAUAAAUAUCCUUUCAGUACCUAUUCUUGAAUAUUUUUCCUCUUUACUGGCAACCCCUACCCUAGAGGCAGUCUCGCUCAUUGCAACACAAACUCACAUAAUUGGGGAAGAAGUACAACGGAGUAAGCCGGAUAAGUUCCAGGAUUUCUUGCUCCGGAUCCGGAAGCUAAUUGUUGACCCGGAUAUACGGUUGGACGAGCAGGCUCGCUGCGGUCUACUUCAUGUACUAGAAUCCCACCUUCUCAGAUGGCCGAGUGUUCUACCAGAGAAGGUUGGGGACUUCUACUCUAGUAUUCUUGGGGAUAGGGUUCUUUACAGACCAAACCUGUUCCCCAUCCAACCUACUCAUACUAGACCCAACAGUCAGGAUGGGUCACAGGGAGAGGAAGAGUUCCAAGGGCAUAGACAUGAAGAUCAAGGGGUGAAAAGAAAUGAGCAUCUUGGAGACCCUAGAAGAAAUGAGUUUUCAGUAGGUAUGAGAAGAGAUGAUCAAACAGGAUUUGGAAUGGCGAGAGACAAUCAGAUGGGAGGAGGAAUGAGGAGAGAAGAACAUAUGGGAGGAGGUAUGAGGAGGGAGGACCAUGAAAUGAGAAGAAAUGGAUUAGAAGAAAAUCCAGGAAUGAGAAGGAUUGCCCAUGCUGAUCCUAUUCCCGGGACUACAAACUAUUACAGACCCACAAUGAACAAUGGACCUGCUCCAAGAAUAUUUGAUACUCCUCCCCCAAACAUGAUGCGAAACUUUGCUCCACCUCAGGGUGUCCUUCCACCUCAGCAGCAGUCCUGGAACCCUGCACUGCCAACAGGUCGAUCAAGGUUUUCGGAAAAUCCUCAGUUAAAUGGAGUUGAACGCAUUGCAGCAGACAUGAUGGCAAUUCAUAUGCCUUCUAUGUCACAGGUUUCACCACCGGUGAGAACAGGACGAAGCCAUGGUUGGCAAGCAAUGCCGCCUAUUCUUCCUCCCUCUGGUCCACCACCCAAUAUUCCUACAGCAAUUGUUCCACCUGGAGUACCACCUCACAACCGCCCAAUCAGUGGUUACCAGGAUCCAAGUUUAGGUAGAACUGCCUCUGGAAUAUGGAAUACAACCCCGGCAAAUCAUUCCCCCGCCAUCAACCCUCUCCCUACGAGGGAUGUAUUCCAGGCCCGACCUGGGGGCAGAGAACAUUUUGAUAAUGCAGGGUACAAUCGUCCUGGAGGAUCAGGGCGAAUAAUUUCAGGGUCUCGUGGAGAACAAGGAGGAGGCAGUGGGAGCAACAGCUGGGGAAAACCUGAAGCUGAAGAAUGGAACACAAGAGUAGGUUCUAAUCCAGAACCGGGUCCAGGUAGACAAGGGUUUGAUAUCGGAACUUGGGAGAAUCCAGCUGGAGGAGGAGGAGAAGAAGGAGGAUCUGAGCAUAGUAGUGGAGACCGGAAACCAACCUCCUGGUCAACUAAUGAUGGUACAAGCUCCUGGUCUACAGGUGAUGAUACCCAGUGGGGCACACAGAUGCAAAGGGAUCGGGGGCAAGGAUCUGACCGCAGUGGGGGAGAACAAACUGUUGAUAUUGGACAUUGGGGGGCACGGGAGUCAUCUGUCGCCCCUGAGAAAGAACAGUGGGGUACAAGGGAAACUUAUGCUACAAACGACAAGGGACAAUGGGGGGCUGGUGAUAUCACCGCUGCCCCUGACAAAGGACAGUGGGGCAUGGGUGAAACCUCAUCUGCUCCUGAGUUGGGGAAAUGGGGGAUGGGAGAAACUCCAACUGCACCUGACAAGACUCAAUGGGGACAAUCUGACAUCCCUGAUGUAGGAAACUGGGGGACGGGAGGAACUUCAGGUGCCCCUGAAAAAUCUCAAUGGAGAUCUACCGACACCUCUGAGAAGGUAGAUUGGAGGAAUGAGUCUGUAGACUCUGUCUCUCCAGGAUGGAAGAAGGAACCUGUAAGCAUGGGAAACUGGGCGGAUGAGGUUCCAAGCCCUAGAAGUGACCAGGAGGAAAACCCAAAUACCUCCUACGACGCUAGGAAAAUUGUCUGGUAGAAUUUGACAUAGGGCGUUUUUACAGUUUAAACCCCUGCAUAAAUAUUACACUCUGACAUAUCCCGCUAAUGAUGUUUAAUUGUUGAAUAUAAGAAAUGGAUAAAUUCUUACAAAUCCUGAAUUCAGGAAACGUAAACUUGUUAUUUUAAAUAGCUUAACCAAGAACAAUAACUACUCUUAAUUUUUUUUAGCCAUUUACAUUUUCUGCAUUACACUGUCGUUCUUGUUAUAUCAUAUUCUGACUUGUAUAUAUUAUAUACAUAUACACUACAGUCAUAAUUUGUAUCUUUUCUAUAUCUCAAUGUACUGAAAGUUGUAUUUUUUAUCACAUUCCUGGUUAAAUUUUAAUUACGCGUAUUUUUAAAUUAAAAACUUUAACAUUGAACCGCCUAACUUUAAAUCUAAAUACUAGUCCAAAAGUCAGUAAUAAUAUAUUUGUUUUUAAAUAAUUUCCAUUUGAUGCCUGUAUUGAUUCUCUAAAACCGAUGCAGGAAGGAAUAGUUGGGAUUUGACAAAGAAGUUAAAAAUCAAUGCAAAAAUAUUUAAUAAGUACUCCGCUUCUACUGUUUACUACAGUACAUUAAAUUAAUCAAUAUUAUUAUGUACACAAUAUAUACUUUCGUUUGUGCAGUACACCUAUAGUACAGUUUACUGCCUGUAUAAAAAAGAUCUGAAACCUCGAUAAAAUGAUUGUGUUAGACCAGUGUAAGGUCCUCGUUUAGUCGUAUUUGUAUCAUUGCUGUUACUGUUAUACUAUCGUUUUUCACCCUUUAGUCAAAUGUUCUUGUAUUUUUUACAUAAUUAAUAUUGUCUUUUAUAUGCUUGUAAUCUUAACCCAUACACCAUAUUUAUAAUGUAAAUCAUUACUGCAAAUUUAGUAAUUUUAUCCAACUAAGAAGUAUCUCCAAAAUUAGGUUUUAGGAGUGUAUGUUUUCGAGAAUUGAUCAAAUGAUUUACUUUAUUGGGUGAAAAUGAGAAAUCUUUUUAAAAUUGCAGACUUUUUUUCUUUUAGAUACACCAUCCAAAUUUGGUAGAACAAAUAUUUCCCGUGAAAGCCUACUCAAACAGUGGGUCGUAAACAGUAUUUUAAUGAGAGGGUGUUUAAUAAUGUUCAAAUAUAUUUCCCUGGUAGGGUAAUUUUCCGUUCCCCCCUAUUUCCCAAACCAAGGUACUCCCCCCCCCCCUUAUCUCCAAAGUGUGGUGGGUUGUCUUAAUUUAUUGCAAUAAUAUAAUGGAAUAUUUGUACUCAUGUAAGCUGAAUUUCUCUAAGAAUUUUCAUUCUCGCGUUAAUUUUGCUUCAUUUUUUAUCAUCAAAAUUUCAGCGUUUGUUCUAUGAUAUUGAAACUCACCUCCUUUCAUGCUACUCAAAUUUUUGAUGUCGUCUAUUUCAUUGACUUAAACCUCUAAAUCUUUGAUUGUGAAAAAAAUGGUCAUCUUCAAAGUUUAGGGGAAAUUCAGCCAAAAUAUUAUUCUUUAACGGCUUUGUUCAUAUUAUUGUUGCGGGCCCGACUUCAACUAUUUGAUGUUUCUUAUUUUCAAUUCUACCCGUGUGUGUUUGUUAAAGUAGUUGAUGUGGUUUAUAUAUCAUGCAUAUUAUAUAUUAACAAUUGAAACUAUCGCGCAAUUUUAGAUAAUUACCAUUUAGCAUUUAUAAUUUGAAUUUGCACUCUUUCUCAAGACAUUUGCCUUAUACAUACAUUUUACGAUUGAUUUUGCUCAAAUAUCCAAAGAAAGCAAUUAAGGGCAUUUUAUAAUUCGCUUUACCCUUUUUAUUUGUUCUUGUUCUAUUUAACUUUUUAGUUUUUACUUUUACUUCAUUUUUUAACGUAAUUUUUGGCCGUAUUUACAUGGUUAAAUAGUCGAUUGAUUUUAAGAUCUCCCUUGAAUUUUAUUAAAUUAUGAUCAAUUAGUUACUACCUUUGAUUGAUUAUUGGUGUAUUAGACAAUUGAAUCAUUUAUUGGAAUAAAUCGUACAUCAAUUAAUCAAAUAAGCUUAUUAAUUGGUCCUGAUCAAUUAGGUGCUUAAAAAAAAGAAAUCAACGAAUAUAACCAUAUGCUUAAUCUUAAUCAAUUUACGAUUUUUUAAUCUUGUUGAAUUCCUGCUUGAAGAAAUCAAAACUAAUCAAUUAUUAUCGUAUUUUGUAAAUGUGUAGAGUGUCGAUUGAUAAACCUAACCUGUACCAUCUAUAGUCGUACAUUGUUUGCUGUAUUUGUGCCAGGCAACAUUUUUGAUCUGUUUUUAAAAUGGACUUUAAACGUGUUUUCAAUUGACCUCCACGUAAUGUCAGAUUUACAACGGAGAGACUAUUUGCUUUGUAACAUCAUCAAAUACACUUGAUUAUUGCUUAAA